UUGUUGUCCAACAAAUCGAUUGAUGUUUUGAUUCACUGUUUGUCUGAUUGAGUCAUUCAGACAACAGAUGUUUGACAUAAACUGUCAUUAAAUCACUUCUUAGGAUCAGAUUCACUGCACCAUUGAUUGUGGCAAAUGUCAACCUCGAACGGUAUAUACGGCCAGACGUACGACCGAUAUGUGGAACGAUACGACGACUCGACACUAUCGCGAAUGCAAUGCCAUUACUGGACAACAAAACAGACAUUUCUUCGCAAAUUGAAGCGCAAAGAAGACGAUUGUGUUGUGGCUUCCGAUGCGGAACUGGACGCCAAACUCGAGCUGUUGCGCUCGAUCGACGAGUCGUGUCAGAACCUGCUGCUCGUGCUGGAGGCCUAUCAGGACCGCAUCUGUGGGUUGGCUCACGAGGAGGCGGCCGCCGGACGCUUCCUCAAAGAGUGCGCGAAACUCGAUAAGACGAGAGCCGGCAAAAUGAUGGCGGCGUCCGGGAAGACACUCAGCUAUAGCGCCCAACAGAGGAUUCAGUUGCGGAACCCAUUGGUGAGACUGUAUCAGGAAGUGGAGACAUUCCAGUACAGAGCGGUGGCCGACACGAUGCUCACCGUCGACAAGAUGGAGUCGGCGCGCACCGCAUACCGGGCCGCUCUGCUCUGGAUGAAAGACGUGUCGCAACAGUUAGAUCCGGACACUUAUAAACAGUUGGAGAAGUUUCGUAAAGUCCAGAGUCAUGUCCGCAAAACGAAGGUCCGCUUCGAUCGCAUCAAAUUGGAUACUCUCCAGAAGAUUGAUCUGUUGAGUGCCUCGCGUUGUAAUAUGUAUUCACACGCUUUGGUUGGUUAUCAGAACUCUUCGCUCCAGUUCUGGGAGAAGUCAUCGAAGACGAUGAGUGCUGUCGCCGACUCUUUCAAGGGAUACCAAUACUAUGAG